AUGAAGGUUGCAAUUUUCUUACUUUUGGCAUUUUUCGUUGCUGUGACUGUCGCCGGUCCAACAAAAGUCGACUCGAACAACGUUGGGGAUAUUGUCACUGUUGGAGUCAAUGCUGAUUUGAAAAUCAAGAGUAAAAUCGACCAGGACAUUAUCAACGUCAUCGUUGCAUUACUUAACGAUCAAUCGACUCGCAUAGGAUGA